AUGGCAGACUUCUCAGUGGUCGUGGGGUUUCUGAAGCAAGUGCCUCGGUGCAGCAGCAUCUUCUUCAUGCAUCUCCUCCUCAUCCUCUGCCCGGGAGAGGUAGAUACAGAUGAGGUCAAGGUGCUGGGCCCUGGAGACUCCAUGUUGGCCCUUGUUGGGGAAACGGUUGAGUUCCAGUGCCACUUGUCGCCAUACCAAGAUGCAGAGGACAUGGAGAUCCGCUGGUUCCGGACCCAGCUCUCAAACGUGGUGUACCUGUACCAGAAACAGCAGGGGCUCUCCGACCCGCAGAUGCCAGAGUUCCGCAACAGGACCAUAUUUGAAGCUAAUGACAUCGUAGAUGGCAGCGUGACCCUGCACGUCCUCAGCGUGACUCCCUCUGAUGAGGGUCAAUACGGGUGCCGCUUUCUUUCCCACAACUUCUCUGGAGAAGCCAUGUGGGAGCUGGAAGUAGCAGGGUUGGGCUCAGACCCACUCAUCUCCCUUGAGGGCUUCAACGAAGGAGGCAUUCGGCUGCGAUGCAGUUCCAGUGGCUGGUACCCCAAGCCCAAGGUUCAGUGGAGAGACCACCAGGGGCAUUGCCUUCCUCCAGAGUCUGAAGCCAUCAUUCAGAAUGCCCAGGGCCUGUUCAGUCUGAACACAUCUGUGACUGUCCGAGGAGGGGCUCAUAGCAACGUGUCUUGCUCAAUCCAGAACCCCUUGCUAGCCCAGAAGAAAGAAUUUGUGCUCCAGAUUGCAGAUGUGUUUCUACCCAGAACGUCCCCCUGGAAGAAAGCGUUCCUGGGAACCCUGGCGGCCCUCCCACUCAGCCUGGCUGUGCUCACCAUCCUGGCGUUGCAGUACUUUUACAAGAAGCGGUGCUCCCAAGAAAAGCUGAAGAAGCAGGAAGAAAAGGACAGAGAGAGACUUCAGACAGAGCUUGACUGGAGAAGGUCCGAAGGCCAGGCUGAGUGGAGAGCGGCCCAACAAUAUGCAGUGGACGUGACCUUGGAUCCCACCACAGCGCACCUUAGCCUGGAGAUCUCAGACGACCUCAAGAGCGUGUCCUCCCGACCGGGGGCGCCCAGUAUUGUGGUCCACGGCCCGCAGCGGUUCUCGGAGCAGACCUGCGUGCUGAGCCGGGAGCGUUUCUACAGCGGCCGCCACUACUGGGAGGUGCACGUGGGCCGGCGCAGCCGCUGGUUCCUGGGUGCCUGUCUGGAGUCGGUGGAGCGCUCGGGGCCCGUGCGCCUGAGCCCCGCCGCCGGCUACUGGGUGAUGGGGCUGUGGAACAGCUGCGAGUACUUCGUGCUGGACCCGCAGCGCCUGGCGCUGACGCUACGCCUGCCUCCCCGGAGGGUGGGCAUCCUGCUGGACUAUGAGGCCGGGAAGCUGUCCUUCUUCAAUGCGUCUGAUGGCUCGCACAUCUUCACUUUCACCGACACUUUCUCUGGGGCGCUCUGUGCCUACUUCAGACCCAGAGCCCACGAUGGCAGUGAACAGCCGGAUCCGCUGACCAUCUGCUCUUUGCCAGUUAGAGGGCCACAUGUCCUCGAAGAGGACGACAAGGACAAUUGGCUACAGCCCUAUGAGCCGUUUGACCCUGCCUGGGCUGGUGGUGAUGAGGCGCUGUUGUGA